AAGGCCCACCCUCCCGAACUGAAGAAAUUUAUGAACCAGAAGUUGUCGUUGAAGUUAAAUGAUGGCAGACAUGGAUAAGGAAUACCACGGGGCUUUGACUUUAUGAAUCUUGUGAUUGAUGAGUGUGUGGAGAUGGCAACUAGUGGGCAACAGAAUAAUAUCAGCAUGGUGGUCAUACAAGGAAGCAGCAGCAUCAUAUUAGAAGCCUUGGGAAAAGUCGAAACAAUGGCUGUUCACAAGGGCUGUUCAGCAGAGGAGUCCACAUGCCUCCCCAAAGGGCCUCUUUGA